AACACAUCCUUGCCGUAUAUUCGUUUUUGUUGCAAAACAUUUCUCAAAGGCAUUCUCUUCACUUAAAUUUCUCUCUCACGCGGGAACUUCGUUUCCACUCACAUUUGCGACGCCAGCAUGUAGUGAUGGUCAGCGCCGCAGUUGCCGCUUGUUCACGGCGCAGUUUUGAGUGAAUUGUACUCGUGAGUGGUCAUAAAAAUAAUUUCAAGCGAAAAUUUUCGAAAAAUUAUAAAAAUAAAUAAUUCUUUAUCAAUAUCAGGCAGUAAAGAUACGAAUUGGGCAAAAGUAUUUGCCUACGAACGGUAUACAAUAAAAACGCAGCGAAGAUUAGCAUUAAUUUUGUGUCAUUUAUGAGGAAGUGCGAAUAGCAAAACCGACUUCGAUUGAAAUCCGUUUGCGUUGAGAAACGAAUCGCAAGUUUGCUAGUGUGUUGCUAAAUUUUUUUUUUAUUAAAAUUAACACCUAACUACAAGCACAGCAGCAGCUGGUAGUGCACUAACCUUAACUAUAAUUAAGGUAAAGAAUAAUAUAGUGAGUUCAGAAGUGUAGUGUUUUUGUGAAUCAAGUGGAAAACAAUGCAAAGUUUACAGCGAAACGAAGAUAAUUUCAAAGAUGAAAACAAAUAGGAGUGAAUCGUAUAUAAUAAUGUUAUUUACAAAUGCAAAGUUAAUGUAAAGUCUAAGCUGAUAAAUUUAACAAAGUGCGAAUGAAGCCAAGUGAAAGUGGAAAAUUGUGAUUUAGCAUUGUUGCAAGUAGUGGUGAAGUUGAAAAGAAGCAACAAUUGAAAAGGCUAAACUAAAAUAUUUGUAACACAGAAAAUACGACGUUGUAAAAUUGCGGAAACAUUUUCGUUCGUCGUCAAAUUUUUUAAGUGAUGCAGUUUGUAUAACCAAAAACCAAAAAAAAAACUAAGAUUUUGGCGCAAAAAGAGGACGUUCAAGGUUUUUCAUAAUAGCAGCAGCAAACAAGAUUGUUAUCCAAAACGCCUUCAAGAUGCCAAAUGAAGUAGCAGUCGUAUUGUCCUUCAACAGGCUGAUGCCGUUAGCAAACACGUCGCAAUAGUUUGCAAUUAUAUAAAAAUGACUUAGAACUACGCCAAAUCGUUUAGGGACGACUGAAAUUGAUUGAUAUUUAUUACACGUACAAUGCAGUUGUGAUUGAAAGCGAAGAAGCACUGCGCAGCUAAUGAAAAAUGGUUUAGUAAACUCUUCAAACAUCUACGCAUAAAGUAUCACAUAUCCCACUCUACUAGAUUUCUAACAACAAAUAUCUUCUGAUACUGAUAUACUAAUGUAUACUUAAUUGAUAUAGUCUCCUUUAGAAAUCAAAAAAUACUCAUUCUCCGUGAACACAUACUCUACGCACAAAUCGCCAAUAUGAAUUCCGUAAUUUCCGCGUUUAAAGCGAAAAAGAAUUCCAGCAAUUCAGCCACCGCCAAUGACAAGUCCACUAAUAACGUCGGCACUCUGAACACCACCAGCUCCGUCAGUGCAAAGAAGAAGGCAAUUAAUGCACAGGAUAACGGUUAUCAGUAUCUGCGACACAUACGGGAAAUCGAAUCCGCCACCAAGAUGUUGUCGCCCGUGGUGGUGGUCGAUGACUUCCGACCGCCUUGUGUCGAUGUGGUCGACCACGCGCCCGCCACCGUACGUUUGGCUGCAGCCUUGGAUUCGACAUUACCAGCCGACUACAAUAUGAACGGCUCCAAGUGUUCGAUGUUGAAUGGUAGCGCUGUUGCGAGUGGUGAUGAAAUGAUGGUGCGAGUGGGAAAUAUGAAUGCAACUAAUUUAGUAGCAAAUGUGGAGAAUGGCAAUUGCAAUGAAACACCCGCCAGCAAGACGAUGACAAACGGGCAGACUCAGAGUCCACCAACGCCCAGCAGUCCGGUGGCGCAGCUGCUCGACGCUGACGAUGAUGAGUCAGAGCACUCGACGGCUGCAUGCACGAGUAGCUCCAGUGAGCAAAGCAACAGCACAGUGGUGCAUAGUCCAACGGGCUUACAUGUAGCGGGGACAGCGGGUGCCACAGUCGCAUCGACUGCACAACCCAGUCCAGCAAAAAGUCUGCGCAGCAAUUCAUCAACAUCGUCCUCAUCAUCCACCUCCACCUGCACCUCUACCAAUUCUGCCGCCAGCACAUCAGCAUCUUCAUCUAUUGCCGCCUUAUGCAAUUCAGGACCGAGUUCGUGCAGUUCGUCUACCAGCUGUGACGCAACUACGCUAGCCAACUCUUCGCCACACAAUUCCACACUAACGUUGUCGUCAACGAGCAGCGGUGCUAACGUCACAUCGGCUUCAUCUUCGCCAACAGAGCAGCUGAACAGCGCCAAUGCAGCAGAGGCGGAUUAUGUGCCUGCGUUUCUAAAGUCUGCGCCUGUCACAUUGCCCAUUAUCAUGCCGAAUGGCAACAGUAGCUUGGCGACGAUGCCACCCCACUACCACGGGUACGGCAUGAAUGGUGGAGGCGGUGCGGGUAUCGGUGUGUGCGGUAGCACACCCGUUAAUUCGGCAUCAAGUACUCCGAAGCACGUGCGUUAUCCCAAACCGCGUCUGAGUUUAAGUCGCUUCAUCAAUCAUUCGAUGCCGUCGGUGCAUGGACGACCGAAUCUAAGUGUGGCAGGCGGCGCAGCGACAGUCGGUGCCGGCGCGUGCGGUGCGGCGGGAACAAAUCCGCCAAAGCGUAUUUCGACGCAUCAGCGGAAUUUGAGUCUGGACUUUAGGUCUAUGGGUAUUUUACUGCCACCCGUCUCACAGGUGACCAACACACGCAUCAAUUUAACACAACAUCAUCGCAAUCGCAGCUUGGACAGCGCCUUGCAGCGCAUACCGGAGGUUGAAGUCUCAUCGCCCAAUUCGGAGAGCGAGAAUACAUUCUGCACCCCAUCCAUUCUGGGCACUACUAUGUGCUCGAAAAUCGUCACGACUGCAGCCAAUGUAACAGCUGCCCUCACAACCACCACAACACCAGCGCUGACGUCAUCAUUAACACCUUCGCCGCCAUCCUCGUUAUCGGCUACGCCUGCUAGAGUGUCGACCAUAACAGGUGGUUUAAUGGACUCAGUGUCUGCUGCCCCAAUUGCAGCUAUGACCACAGAGCCCACAGCCAACAAUAGCAACAACAUAAAUAUAAGCAUUAACAACAGUAGUAUUGGUAUUGGUGGUGGCGGUGCUAUUGCGAUUGUCGAGUCCUGCCCAACGUUACGCAUUCGUCCUAAGUCCAGUGAGGCAACGACACGUUGUGGAGUGGUGCCGCUUGCAGGUGCGGCAUCGUGCAGUAAUCACAGCAACAACACCAGCAGCAAUAAUAGUAACGGCAGUAGUAGUAGCAGUAAGAAGCGUGAGGAUCUCACCAGUCUCGGAUCCGAUGAUUCAGGCAUAAUUUGUGGUUCCGAUUCGGAUCAAAUUUCUCUCAAUCGCAUACGUCACUCACACGAAUCACUGGACUCGGGGGAAAUGGACGCCGAAGAGGAAUGCAUAGACAUGCUCGAAACAACUUCUAUGGAUGAGGAAUAUGGUAUGCUACAGUCGGACUUAAUAUUUUAUCCAUCCGGCGAAACAGACUGUCGAACGCUACGUCCAUCACGCAAACAGAAACAACUUCAACAACAACAAAAUCACGACAAACACCUGCGAAGCACAACUACCGAUGCGGAUGUUCUGGGCGCCGCUGAAGAUGACAGUGACGCGGAUGACAGUGACGUCAAAGCAGCAGCACAACUAUCCGAACGUAUGCGCUAUCGCGAAUUGAACAUGUCACAGGCAGCAUUGAAUUUGGAACGUACGAAUAGUGAUACACCUACAGCUCUAAAUGUCGAUGUGGCCACACCCACAGCUGAUACGGUGGAUGCUGCAACACCAGUAUCGACACAGCCGAACCCACUAUUAACUUCAACGAGCUCUACGAAUGUCGCUACAACACCACAACCCACACAGUCAGCGAAGACACAAAAAAUCGCAGAUGGCGCAGGAGUUGGCACUGUUGCUGAACCGCAGAAAAAGAGCUUCUUUGGUGCAACUAAGAAUGCUUUUUUCCGUACCGCACAAAGCAUAAGAGAUAAUCACGACAAAAAGAAUGCAGCAAAGAAUAAGAGCGAUGAAAACACUGGCAACACGGGUGCCAGCACAGUUCCGGACCAAGUAAAAUCGCCAACAGAUAUAUCGAAGAAGAAAGAAUUCUUUAGCCUGAUCACAUCCAAUUCGUUAAAGAAAGCUGCCGCCGCGGCAGCUGCAGCUGCGGCCGCUGCUACUUCUGCGCAACCAUCCGCUUCCAAUACGCCAGCCGCCACUCCGUCGGCCGAUUCAACACCAGUUGAGCCGAAAUAUCCAAAAUUUCCAUCUUUAGUGUCUUCCGCGAUAGAAAGUGUGGAGAAGAAAACCUGUGCUGCUACAGAAGGUACGGAGAGAACACUUAAUCUGCCCCUCCCUGGGCUCGGAGCUUCCUCUUUGUCAACUUCUAUUGCAAAAUCGGCUUCCAUCUCUUCUUUAAACAAGUUAAAAGUUCCAGGUGUAGUAAAAUGCUUUAUCAAGGAGCGUCCGACCAACAACGAGCAAUUGCAAAAGACUGAAAAAGGCCCCAGUGGACUGCUAAGAUUUUUCGAAUCUCCCGUCUUCAACAUACACUUUGCUAUACACUAUCUAUUCUAUUCGAAAGAACCCGGUGUGCUCAGCUUUAUUGGUAAUAAGAUAUUCAGUUUCCCCGACCAAGAGGUAGACCUCUAUAUGCCACAGUUAAUUGUCAUGUACAUACAAAUGGAUGAAUUGGCCGAAGUGCUCGAUCCCUAUUUGACAAUACGUUGUCGCAAGUCGGUGGACUUUUCAUUGAAAUGCCUCUGGCUACUUGAAUCCUACAACUAUCAAUUCGACUCACUAGGCAAUGGAUCACGAAAAUCACAACUAGCCCUCAUGAAGGAAAUCUAUUCGAAAAAAGAACGUAAAGUAUUGAGUAAAUCGGACGCUAAGGAGCUGCCGCCAGCAGUAGGCGGAGCUGUGGCUGCCGCAGCUGUUUCACCGUUGACAAAAAAGACACACCAUCGUUCUCAAUCUGACGCCACACUACUGUUAAGUGAUUCACGACGCCACCCCUCAUCCAUCGCAUUAAGCAUAUCAAAUCGCCACUACCAACAGCCGCCAUACACAACGCAAACUCUGCCGCUGAUACCGCCCAAGUUGUGUUUAGGUGACUUGACCUCUGGGCGAGCCUUCGACAAUGGUUGUACCUGCUUCGAUAGCGUACGCGGCCAGGUUAAUGGCUUGCUUGGCCAGAAAACCGUGUGCUCAUGCCACGCGCCUAAAACUGCCCCGGAGAAAGAGUUCAUGAAAGCUCUGAUAAAUGUUGGCAAAAAUAUCACAUCGCUGCCGUCCAAGGCGGAGAAAACCUCAGCGCUACGCAUGUUUUUGAACCUGAUCAACAAGAAUCUGCCGGCUCGCGUUUGGCUUCCAAUAUUUUCCGACAUUCCACACCAUGUGGUGCGCAUAACAGAGGAAAAGACUGCGGUGCUCAACUCAAAAGAUAAGACGCCGUACAUCAUUUACGUUGAGGUGGUUGAGGUACCCGAUAUUUACUCAUCACCUCUCAUACCGAAGAUGAUGCCAUCACUGCGACAUACGAAGAGUGAGGAGCACUUGGAAGGCGCUUGCAGUCAUCACCAUCAAAUGCAUCAGCACAAUCACGGCCACAACCAUGUGAGUUGUAGCCGCACAUCGAGUUGUAGCUCACAUGGUGGCGCUGCCAUUAGCGGUUCAAACUCCGGCUCGAGUUGUCGUCGUAAAAAGGAGAAACUGGUAUCCGAGUCAUCGUCCGUGGCAUCGGAUGCCCAAGCUUCAACAGCUGCCAGCGGCGAUGGUGCACAUGUAUGCAACGCCCAUGCAAUAGGUCUCUCUCUUGGUGGCCUGCAUUUAACCGAAGACGAUGUGUGGUCGCAGGAGGACGACGAGAUAACGGCUCAAUACAUGCAUAUGCGAAAAUUAAGUGAACGAGAUGCGGUCUCUCAAAUGUCACUAGACUCCUGUGACUCAAGAGAUCAAGGCAUUCCUGUUCUUUUCAAUAUUGGCGAUGUGCGCACUCGCCACUGCAAUAACUUAACCUGCGAAAACACAAAAUCAUUCAACAAUGAUCCCGAAGAUCCCUCAGCGGCCGCUUUGAAGGAGCCAUGGCAUGAAAAGGAGCAACAGAUACGCGAGUCAUCACCUUACGGCCAUUUGUCCAAUUGGCGCCUGCUCUCGGUAAUUGUCAAAUGUGGCGACGAUUUGCGACAGGAGCUCAUGGCUACGCAACUUUUGCAGAUGUUCAAAAUCAUCUGGCAGGAGGAAAAUGUCGAUCUCUGGGUGCGACCAUAUAAAAUUGUCUGCUUAUCCAGCGACAGCGGUCUGAUAGAGCCAAUACUGAACACGGUGUCACUGCAUCAAAUCAAAAAGAAUUCUAAUAAAUCGUUACGCGAUUAUUUCAUAGACGAGUAUGGCUCACCAGAUGGCGAACUGUUCCGUGCGGCACAAAAGAAUUUUGUGCAAAGUUGUGCCGCUUACUGUUUGAUAUCGUAUUUACUGCAAGUGAAGGACCGGCACAAUGGCAACAUUUUACUGCAUUCAGACGGUCACAUUAUCCAUAUAGACUUUGGAUUCAUACUGAGCAUAUCGCCGAAAAAUUUGGGCUUUGAGCAAUCUCCAUUUAAAUUGACACCCGAAUUCGUUGACGUCAUGGGUGGUACGAGUUCAGAGCUGUGGAAGGAGUUCAAUCACUUAUUGCUUGUUGGCAUGAUGUCGGCACGCAAGCACAUGGAUCGAAUCAUAAAUUUUGUGGAAAUAAUGCGUAGCAAUGCACAAUUGCCGUGCUUCAAAAACGGUUGCUCCGGCACCGUACAGAAUCUCCGAAAACGAUUCCACAUGAAUUUGACCGAACAGGAAAUGGAGCGAAAAGUAGAGCAACUCGUACAGGACUCACUCAAGAGCCUCUCCACAAAGUUAUACGAUGGCUAUCAAUACUAUACGAAUGGUAUAUUGUGAGAAAGGUUUUUCAUGAAAAUUUAAAGCGAGACUAACAUGAAACACCAAACGCUUGCUGCUGCGUAGGCCGAGUUGCAGUUGCAGCAAAUGAAAACUUACAUACAAACAAAUACAUAAAUGUCAAGUGAGCGAAUGAAUAGUGCAUGGCGCUUGGCAGCGUUGACCACAGCGGCCAAGCCGUCACAGAUAUGUUGGGUAGCAGUGGCUACCGUACACCAUUGUUUUGUAUGUAUUAUAUGUAUUUUGUGUAGAUAUUUUUAGAAAGGAAAAAAGAAAUCAAAAUAAGAAUAUGUCGUUGUGACUGACAAAUUAACUGACUGAUUGACUGACUGUAGUUUUGUUAGAUAAUGUGAAUGCAAACAAGAAGAAUACUAGUGCUAGCUAUUACAUGUGUCACCCCGAAGGGUAAAGCUAUGCUUUGCGAAUUUUCAGCACCGAAAGUUUCUUCUUCACUACUGUAUACUGUAUACCUUCCUUUUUUGUAUAUACAUAUGUAUAUAUAUAUAUAUGCAAAUAUAGUAAAUAUUUAAAAAUCAACAUACAUACAUUAAAAUAAUAUAGUAAUUAGUUUUUAGUGUACUAUGUUUAUAUGAAUGUAUUGUUGUGUGUUGCUUAAAACAAUAAUAGUGUGAGUAAUAUGUGUAAAUACACUUGAAUUGCAUAUUUUGAAUGAAAACAAACAAAAAACAGAGUGUGCAAAUUUAUAUGUAUAUAUUUAUAUAUGUGUUAACCACAUUCAAUACGGCUGAGUUGGCCGGAAAUAAAAUAUUAAACAAAUCAAUACAUUUGAAUACAUUUCCAUGUAAAAUAUAUGAAUUUGUACUUUUAUUUUAGCUAGAUUUGCUUCUUCGGGAUAGUACAGACGAUAACGAAAGCAUAAGUUUAGACAUUAAUUUCCGUGGUUUCAAAUAGAGCUUUAAAAGAGUUGUGUUUUAGCAAAGGAACAGUUUGAAAAGCGCUAUUUUUAUUUUUAUUCUAAUCGUAAAGAAAAUAUAUUUUUGAGACAUAUCCUUUCAUUACAGAAAUGUACAGUUAUUUAUUAGCAAGUCGACGAUUGAUGGCCUAAAAGUUUACGACUUGUAGCUUUCAGACACAUUUUUGCGUUUUAGUAGCUCAACUAUAAGCCAAGGUAAAUUCUGAGCCAGUCAACCACUUGAGUUCACUGAAUAUUUACAUAUUUUUAAUUAUAAUUUUUAAAGAAGUUUAAUGGUUUAAAAUCGCGAGCCGGAUAUUUAUUUUCUUAUGUCAUUGUAUAGUAUUAAUUUUUUGUUUUUAAUUAUUCAAAAUUGAUAUCUGCCAGCAUUCACGGUUCACAUCGCCACACGUACAUAUGUAUGUAUUUUAUAUUGAAAUUUAUAAUAAAAUGUAUGUAUAUAUAUAGUAUUAAUACCAAAAAACGAAAAUAUUUGUUUUAAAAUGGUCGAAAAUGUCGUAAAAAUACAAAAAUAAAUGCGUUUAUUACCGCCUUAUAUACAUAUGUAUGUACAUUCAAUAUAAUUUAAUAUAAGAAAGAAUGUUAAAGAAUGUACAUAUAACUGUACAUACUUACGAAUAAAUUUUCCGACAAUGUCCCGCUCGUGUUUACUCUCUAAUGGCUACUUUUUUAUGAGAUAAAACAAACUUUCUGUAUAUACAUAUAUAAAAACAUUUUAUAGAUUAGAAAUAUGCGUUUAAUGAAUAGUAAUUAAAAAAAUAAUAUAAUUUAGUAAUAAAUAGCUAAAAUAUUCAAUAUAAUAUAUAAAGAACGUUUCAAACAGUUUAAUAACUGUAUGCACACUUUUAAAUUUAUAGUAUACAAUUACUUGAAGAUAGUGCUAGUAAGCAGGAGAAAAGUAGCGCGCUUAAAGUGCCAGCAGAAAUAAAAAAAUGCAAAAACAACAAAAAACUCUAAAAGGAAUUAAACCGAACUAAA